GAGCAUCAGUACACCGCCACACUACAGACAGUACGAACGCAGAUAAGCUCUAUCUGUACUUUGUGACUGGCAUAUGUAUAUUACAUAAGCAUUCAAGAGAGAAGUCAUAUGUAUAUUACAUAUACAUGCGGGAGUGUGUGUUGAAGCAUUUCCGAUUACUGUCUAGCAAAGUUAGAUCAUUUUACGCUCCCAGUUGUUUAAAAGUUAAAUGAUGGCAUCUGUGGUGCGUCGUUGGGCACUGGACUCUCAACUUUUGGUGGCAAUCCAGAAUAAUGACGUUAUGCGUGCCCAUAAACUUUUCCAAGCUGGAGUGGACACUGAUAUACGCUUCUCAAUUAAUUCUCAGCAGAGACCAGCACUCUGUCUCUGUGUUGAGAACAAUGCUCUUGACAUGGUUCAGCUCUUGGUUGAGUUGGGUGUAAGCAUUAACCAAGGAGAUUCUGGAGGCCUAACACCACUUCACAUAGCAUGUACACACAGUUAUACUAAUUUGGCUGGCCUCCUCAUUAAAGCUCGUGCCAAUGUCAAUGCUCGGACACAUCAAGGACGGACUCCACUCCAUCUUGCUGCUGUGAGAGGCAAUCAAGAUUUGGUGAAGCUUUUAUUAUCCCAAGAAGCAGCUGUAGAUGUCGUUGAUGGGGAUGGCUGUACACCACUCCACUAUGCUGCUGCAUCAGCAAAUUCUGAAAUUGUUGAGAUUCUACUCAGUGCCCAUGCAAAUCCUGAAACUAUUGAUAAUCGAGGCAAUACAGCACUUCAUUAUGCUGUUGAUGUAAAUGGUGUGAAAGCCUUUACGGUGAGAAUACUGGCAAUGGUUCAUCCAGUUGCAGCUUGUAUAACAAACUCUGGCAUGGAAACACCUCUACAUAUUGCGGUGAAAAGUGGUAGACAAGAUGCAGAGAGUAUUCUUGCAGCAGUAGUGGAAGUAGGAACAAGGGCUGCCCUUAACUCUAAAGGCCCUUUAGGCCAUACACCAUUACACUUGGCUGUUUUAGAGCACCGUCUCAAUCUUUUGCGUCUUCUCCUCACUGCAGGAGCAGACACGAACACCGAGGAUCACUUGGGACAUACUCCUUUGGUAUCAGCAGCAAGAGAUGCUACUUGGGGUGCGGUAGCUCUGCUCUUGGCUGCUGGAGCACGUACUAAAAAACUGAUACGAGGAGGGGACAUAGAAAAUGAAGUACGGGACUCUGGCAUUCGUGCACUACUUGAAGAAGCCACAAGACAACCUCCUUGCCUCUCUAGUUUGUGUCGCCGAGCACUCACUCAUCAUCUGGGUCCUGGUGCCCUUCGUGCGCUUUCAAAAGCGACUCUGCCUUCUGUGUGGCAAGACUUUCUUACUUUCCAAUCAGUAAGCCUAUAGUUAUUGAAAAAAAAAUACCACUCAUAGUCACAAGAAAAUGUCAUGCCAUGCAGUUAGCAUACUAUUGAACUUUAAUGGUACUCAACUCUCUUUGAAGGUGCUAUUUUAUUAUUUAUUUCAGAGAUGAACUGAGAAAAUGCUUAGAGGAUUAUGUGUUGACAUGUAAUUUAUGAAGAUACUGUACUUAGUUGAGUAUCAAAUAGAAUGAUGUGCUGCAUUUUGUUCAGUGGAUAAAUCUACUGUGUAUAGAAUUAUCUAGCUCAUGUUUGGAUGUUUCCAUAUUUAAAAAAAUGCAUAUAAUUUAAGUUUUCUAAUGUAAAUAUUUUAGGUAAGACACAUAGGCAACAGUUAGGCAACUUUAUUCCGAAAUGUGUCGCCUACACAGUAGGCUUCUUCAGUCGAAUACAGAAAGUAGGCAGGAACAGUAGAGAUGUGAAGACGAUGUAGUCAGUCCAUCACCCUUGAAGUUGUAGAAUUUGAGGUUGUCAGUCCCUCAGCCUGGAGAAGUUCAGUUCCAUAGUCAGGAACUAUCUGAAGAUCAAGCGACAGUGCGGAGACUUAAAUACUGUCGGAAGGAGAGGUGCAGAGUAGUAGUAGUAGUAGUACGUUUCGGAAUAAAGUUGCCUAACUGUUGCCUAUGUGUCUUACCUACCAACCUGUCGGUAUUGUAUACCAUUUUGAUGUAAAUAUUUUAGAUGACAGUUCUUCAUUUACAGCAUAAUUGGUAUAAUUUGAUAAUGUGUAAUUGCCUCUCUAUAUUGUAGUGUCAGGUAGGCAAAGUUUCUUAUGCAGGUUAUCCUCAGUAAACUUUAUUACAUAGCAACACUUGACUCAUUUGCCAAAGAAGUUGCAAUCACUUAGUUCAUAGGCAUGUUUAAUGUGCACAUUUCUCAUUUGCUACAGUAUUUAAUUUAAAUUCUCAGUUAUAGAAACCAAAUUGUCAUAUUGGUUUUUAUAAACUAUGUAUUUAUAAAAUUUAUUAUUACUGUAUUGUUAUUAUUAUUAUUAUUAUUAUUAUUAUUAUUCACAAAAAAUGCUACCAUAUAUUUUUUAAAUUGUUGAAAAAUAAUAGACAAGUAAGAGAAGCCAGAAAAAUAAGACUAAGUAAGAGAAGCCAGAAAAUGUAAUAAAGUAAGAGAAGCCAGAAAAUGUAAUAAAGUAAGAGAAGCCAGAAAAUGUAAUAAAGUAAGAGAAGCCAGGAAAAUAAUCAAGUCCACAUAGGUAGUGCAACUCUUGUAAUGCUCUCUUGAAUACCGUUUUUUUUUUUUAAAGGGUUUCCAAGAAAUAAUAAACAGUAAAUCUUCAAUAUAAAAGACUAAGGGGGAGAUUCUCUGAGUGUCCAUUCAUUCAGAAUAUUAAAAACUUGCAUAAAAAGCACUUAGGUAAUCUGUUGUGUACCUUGUGCAGUACUGUACACAUUAGAGGUACAGUAGUACACAUCGAAAUUAAAUGAGUUUAUAAGUAGAUUAUGUGUGGUACUUGAAGGGUUCAUUAUAUAUCAAGGCCAACUAUAUCCAGGGUUUCCUGUUUUAAUUUAGCCCUGAAGUAUUUUGGAUGAGAUUACAAAGAAAUAUGAUUCUCAUAGAUGGUACAAGAGAUUACACUUGGGAUAGGUGUAAAAGAUAAGCUAUUUUUGUUUUUAAUGUAUAAAUACAGUAAUCCCUUGAUUUAAUGGACUAAUAGGGAGGAGAGGGUGGCUGGUCCUGUUGUUUGUGGUUAAUAAAGGUGAUUAUUUUGCUGUGAUCAUAACAGUAAUGAAUAAUUUUCCAUUCAGUGAACUUUGUCCAUUGUUUCUGAAUCAAUUAACCCAGUUAAUUUUGUCUUGUAUUUCUGAAGUCCAUUCACUUGAGGUCUGUUAAAUCUUGGGUUCGACAGUUUGUUGUUUUCAAUUUGUUAACACUUGUAUAUAAUCUAUACAGAGACUGAGGGCAUUUAAAGAGGAUGGAAUAGAUAAGGAUGAUGAAUGGGGUGUACAAAGCUGGGGUGGAAGGAAGGAGAGGUAGGGGCCAUCCUAAGAAGGUUGAAGGGAGGGGGAUAAUGUUUUUAAGUGCUAGGUUUUAAGUAUCCAGCAGACUUGUGUGAAUGUUAUAUCAGAGUGAGUGGAGACAAGUGGUUUUUAUGGCUUGAUUUUUUGUUGGAAAGGGAUUCAUAGAAAUUGGUUUGCCAAACUUGAGUCCUGGAGG